GGAAGCCGGCGCCGCAGGGGCAGCGGGACCUAGGUGCGCGGAGGACGCGGCGCUGCAGGUGCCGCCCGAGCUAUGGAGCGACCCUGGGACCCCCUGCGCGGCGCGCUAAGGUUCUGCUUCUCCCCCGCUGCCCGGACCAGCCUGCUCCUGCUCCGGCUGGACACCGCCGCGCUACGGGCGCUGCAGGAGGGCGGGCGGCAACAGGUGCGGCCCGUGAUCGCUUUCCAGGGCCCCCGAGGGUACCUGAGGCUCGCAGGCCCCGGGUGGUCCUCCCUCUUCUCCUUCAUAGUGUCCCAGUGUGGCCGGGAGGGGACUGGCGGUGAGCUGGACCUCGUGUGCCAGCGCUUAGACAGAUCUGAGGCUGAUCGCCUCCACUGCCUGGGGCCACUCAGGGAGCGCCUCACUAUUUGGGCAGCCAUGGAUUCCAUCCCAGCCCCGUCCUCAGUUCAGGGACACAACGUGACUGAAGAUGCCAGGGACCCCGAGGCUUGGCAGAACAGGGGAGACUAUUCUGAAGGAGAUGUGCUGGUGUCACUGCCACAGCCACAGACAGGACUGGAAGAGGCGUCAGAUCCCCUGGCAAGCAACCAAGGACAGUCACUCCCAGGACCCUGGAGGGAGCAGUCAGCAGAGUGGGAAGUGAGGAAGCAGCACCAUCUUCCAAAUAGAGAGCCUGACCAGGCACUGCCUGCCUCUGCCAGCCGGAAGCGUCUGGAGAAGAAACGUCCAGCACCAGAAGACACUGAAAAACUAGAAGAAAAGAGGCUCAGAGUUCUGUCUCCAGCUCCAAGUCCCCUCCAAGGGCUGUCUAGUCAGAAUUUACAGGAAGACUGGGAGCAAGAAGAUAAAGAUGAAGAAGUAGACCUCAGGCUGGAGCACAGUCCUUCGGCUCAAGCAGGGUCUGGAUCCUCCAGCCCUGAAGAGGUGCCAGAUUACCUCCUGCAAUACAGGACCAUCCACAGUACAGAGCAGCAGCGGGCCUAUGAGCAAGACUUCGAGGCGGAUUAUGCCCAGUACCGCAUCCUCCAUGCCCGGGUUGGGGCUGCCAGCCAAAGGUUCAUAGAGCUGGGAGCAGAGAUCAAGAGAACUCAGCCAGGAACUCCGGAACACAAGGUGCUGGAAGAUAAGAUAGUCCAGGAGUACAAAAAGUUCAGAAAGCGGUACCCAGGUUACAAGGAAGAGAAGCACCGCUGUGAGUACCUGCAUCAGAAACUGUCCCACAUAAAAGGUCUCAUCCUGGAGUCCGAGGGAAAGAACUGGGGCAGCUGAAGCCGUCAAGCCUCUUGGCACUCUAUCCAGUGAGACAGGAACACAACAGCUAUAAAUGAGAGUGCAACUGUCUGCUGUUCUUAUGCUGACCACUCGAGUCCACGGUGGCAAGUAGAGAGCUGCUCUAGGUUCCCGAGGUGUGAUAUUUAUUGGUGCUGUAUUUUAAUUUUCUAGUAUGGGCACAGGGCCAAGGGUCCUCAGCUGUGCCCCAGAGAGGAGGGACAGUAGCAGACUCGGCUUUUUCACCAUUAGUUCAGCCAAGUCGUUUUCAAAUCCUGGGAAAUGACAUCAUUUCUGGGACAAAAUACCUUGAGGGUAUCAGAUGAACUAGGCGAAUUUAGCCUAGAGGCUCCAAAGCAAAAAAAAAUGAGAGCUUUUGUUAAAAGGAACUUGUAAACCCAGAAUGGUGGCACAGGCCUGUAAUCUGAGUACUUGGGAGGCUGAGGCAGGAUGACUGCAAAUUCAAGGCCUGCCUGGACUACAGUGAGUCUAAGAAGGGAGCGUGCAGCGUACCUGGGUACAGUGCGGAAGGCUUGGGUGUUACCCAUGUACUGUACUGAGAGUUGGAUUCUUCUACAAACAUAGCUAAGCAAAACUGCUUUUGUGUCUUUUUUUUUCACAGUGUGUUUUCCUUAAAUCCUCCAAGGCAUUAGUUCUUAACCCUGGGAGCUAUACAUGUGCAUUAUUUCUGGAGCUCUGGAAAAAAUGAGAUCCUCAGCCCCUAGCUAGAUGUUAUGAAUUAAGUCUUCAAAAUUAUGGUGGUUUUUUUUUUUUGCAUAGUAAUGAUGGGAUCCAAGGCCUCACGCGUGCUAGGCAAGAGGUCUAACACUGAGCUAACUCCCCAGCCCCUAUGUUUACCUUUUGACUCGUUCUCAGUAUGUCGCCCAGGCUGGCCUUGAAUUUGCAACCCUACCUCAGCCUGAGUGGUGGGGUUACUAGCAUGUUACAAGUGUGUGGUUCACCUUACUUUUCAAAACCAUUAGACACGAUCCCAUUAGGUUUUGUGGAGGGGUACUGUGAGCUUUACCCAAGGCUUUUGCACUGAGCUGCAUCCCCUGCUUUUUUGAGACAGGGUCUUGCUAAAUUGCCAGGCUGUGUUCAAACUUGCAAUCCUCUUGCCUCAGCCUCCCUGAGUGAGUGCUGGGAUUAAAGGUGUUCCACCAUGCCUGGCUGGCUGUAGUUCAUUAUUUUAUAAUUGAUGAUUAGAGAUUACAACAGGAAGAAAGUUUGCCUUUUCUGAACCUAGGGAUUUAUACAAUCACCUAAAAUUAGGGCUAGCUGGAAGUAUCCCACGGCUGAGAACUGUGGGCAGGACUUGGAUUUAUAGAGUAAAUGGUUUAGUUCAUUUGGACAAAAGGGGAUCAUUCCAGUCCUUUUUUGUUCCUUACACUUGAAGAAAGUAGGUGUUUCACUCACACCCAGUAGAGGGAAUGGGCAACAGCCUGGGCUUUGGGAGAGAGGGGUGCACCAAACCUAUUAGCAAUUCCUUAAACAAUUUGGAUGGAACCCAAACUGAUGCCGCACCUUGCAGGGCAUUUCUGGACAGAGAGCAGUCCUCUGGAGGUGUGAAUAUGCAGAAAGCUUAGCUGCUGGCAAGGAUAAGCAGCGACCAUCCUCAGGGCAUGGACAGGGUUAGAAGCAGCCCCAAAGGAGAGGCCCUCGCCUGUUCUAGCCACCAGCCUAGAAGCCUGGGCAAUACGUGUGUAAGGAUACAAAGGGAUGAGAAUUUCAGAAAGACUUAGAGGUCAUAACAACUAUGGACCCUGUCACUCUAUAGCUGUAUCUAUGGGACAGUACAGUAGCUAUUAUGUAGCUUUCCCCCCUUUUUUGGUAGUACUGGGGGUCAGCCCCCAGGGCCUUUGCACUAAACUAUAUCCCCAGCCAUCCCAUGCUAUGCACUAUUUUCUUGAUUCGUUGUUUGGUACCAGAGAUCAAACUCACAAACUAACCCUUACAAGGCAGGUGCGGUGCCAUUGAGCUGAAUCCCUGGCCCCCUGCACCAUUUUUUUUUGAGACAGGGUCUUGCUAAGUCCCUAAGUUGCCCUGGCUGGGAUCCAACUUGCAGUCUUCCUGUCUUAGCCUCUCAGACUGCUGGACCAGGUGGCUUUUAAAAUGCAAAUUAAAAGGCAGUCCCUAGCCAUAUUUUAGAUGCUCCAGAGCUACAUGUAUUACUGACAUUCCCUUCACUGCACAAGGUUCUACUGGGUUUAAUGAUAGUCUAGGGAAACUUUGGGUUUUCCAUUCCAUAGAAAAGACAGUUUAAAGGGGGCUUAUUUAUUGUCACUGUUCCAAAUGUACAAAAGCAAACAAAAAACCAAAACAAAA